UGCCUAGCCAAACAGGAGGGAUUCUCCAGCCAAUAAACCAAAGUAUCGUGAGAUCUGGCAUCACUCAGGGUCUGGAAGAAAUCUCUCUCUCUCUCUCUCUCUCUCUCUCUCUCUCUCUCUCUCUCUCUCUCAUCAAUGGAGGAAGAGAAAUGGGGUGAAGCCGUUAUGGGUACGCUGGUUAGCCUCGACGUCCGCCAAUUCUCCCAUCUGACAAACUCUUUAGCGUCAGACUCUCUGCACAAGCAACGACGCCUUUGCUACCUCCUCAAAUCACCCCACCAUUUCACCCAAACUGUCCGCUACAUCGAGAGCCUCUCCUUCCACCAAAAAGCAUUGCUCCUUGCUCGCUUGCUCCUAAGGUCACUGGUUCAAAUCACACUCGUUCCUUCCUCUUCAAACACAGAUGCUACAAAGAAUCAGAACGUGGACAGUGGAUCACGCGACUUGGACGCUGCCUUAUUACUCUUCGCCUUAUGUGAGGCGUCCGAUUUAGAUUCCACGGAUUGGCACACGAGCCUCACUGAUCAUUUUCUAAAGAAUGUGCUGAGCUUAGCUGGGUUAGGAGUUUCCGGGUGGGCCAUUUUGGGUCCAUGCGUAGACACUGCCGUCAAAUGCCGGCAGUUUCUUGAAGCGGUUACUGGACAGAAUAAGUCAGCGGGAUCGGUAACUUGGGUUGAAGAGUAUGAUGGAAAUGGUACUUCCAAGGAGUGUGUGAUUUGCUGGGAAGAGCUGGAAAGUGAGAAGAGGGAUGGGUGUAAAUUGCCAUGUGAGCAUGUAUUCCAUUGGUUUUGUAUAUUGCCUUGGCUUAGAAAGGCAAACACAUGCCCAUGUUGUAGGUUUGAGCUGCUGACAACUGCUACCGGCGACGAUGUUUUCUGUGAGAUAGAGAGGCUUUGGAGGAUUGUGAUUGCAAGGAGCAGACGGAAUUGGCAAAGCGGUUAUCAUGAUUGAAUGAGUGGUUCAUUUGGGCUUGUACGAUGUUGUUUGUUUUCUUGAAUUUGUGUACUAAGAAAUAAAUGAGAUGCAUGUUCGACGGCCCCUACUCAUCGAUGUAACUGUGAUUUCGCAUGCCGGUGAUGGCACAAUAAAUCGGUCUUCAAGCU